AUGGCUCAACCAACACCGGAGGAACUUGAUCGGCAACUUGAUGAAUUUAUCGAUAAUCUUGUCGAUAACAAAGAUAAUUUACCAUCAGCUGAACUUGAUGAUGCUUUCUGGAAAGAUCUCGAAGGACAUCCAUUUUUCAUGAAAGAAAUGCCAGAAGAAGGUGCUGAGCUCCAUCCCGCAGCAGCCGCGUUGCAAGCUUUGAAGUGGGACGACGAUGAUGAUACACCAUUAGAUAAAGCAAUCAAAUUCAAAGACGAAGGCAAUAAAUACUACGAAUUGAAAAAGUAUCGUAAUGCAAUUCUUGCGUAUACCGAAGGGAUAAAACAACGUUGUUCGGAUCCGACUACCAAUGCGGUUUUGUUUUGUAAUCGAGCAACAGCGAAUUUCUACUUGGGAAAUUAUCGCUCAGCUCUACGCGAUUGUGUUCUAUCGAGAAAGUCAAAUAUCAAGAAGCUCAAACUUGGUGCACAGCCGGUUUAUCAUAAUGAGAAACUCAUCGAAAUGCGUGAUCGAGCGGCCAGAUUGCAGAAAGAAACCGAACGUGACGAAAGAAAAAAACAAGGUCUCGAACGAAAACAAAGAAAUGAACAACAAAAAAUUCUGAAUGUUGUCAAAAAACAAAAUAUUCGAAUACAACAAGAUCCAUCCAUCGACAUAUUUGACAUUAGUUCGAAUCCUGCCGGAAGUUGUAUACAACUGAAUGAACAGGAUCAAACACUGACAUUUCCAGUUGUAUUCCUCUAUCCAGAAUAUGGACAGACUGAUUACAUCAAAGAAUUUCAUCAGGAUACGAAACUUAUCGAUCAACUAACGGAGAUGUUUCAAUCGCGUGCACCCUGGGACGAAGAAGGCAAAUAUACAUUAGAUCAAAUGAGUAUCUAUUAUGAAGAUCGAGAUAAGCAUGAAUUGAAGACCAUUCCAUCGGACAAAACACUUCUUCAAACCCUUCAAUUGCCCGGAUUUGUCAUUCAACUCGGUAUGCCGAGUUUAAUAGUAAUGAUUCCUAAUUCGGUCUUCGCUAAACACUAUUUGAAAAUGUUUGCUACUCUAAAGCUUGCACUAACGCUGGCUAUUAUUCGAUUGACACCGUCGCAUUUAACUCCAAAGGAUUUUACGAUACAAUUACAGAAUAACUUACGACGAAAACGAAACAACGACGCGAUACAAUUCGAACAAGUUCUAGUCGAUGUCUGUUCACUGCGAAAGUCGACCCGAGCGAUCAGAAUUCCAACGCAUGUGUUGGAUCUACUUGAUCAUCACGGGAGAUUUCUUCAGAAUGUUUUUACUCACUCUGUCGAUCUGAAUAUCGAAUUGCAAACUCUAAUCAUGGAGACUAUCGAUCGAAUUUUUGAAUUAAUGAAACAGAACUUACUACGGAUUCAAGAUGAAACAUAUGAAAUCAUGUUCAGACAAUUGAUCACCAUGAUUGCUAGUUACAGUGUCAUACCCAACAUUCAAAAGCAUUUCAAAAAUUACAACCAGCGGUCAGCUACUCAUCGAACAAAUCGGUAUUUAUCGAUGAAUAUGGACCAUAGUUGUCAAUCAUCGUAUUUCUUAUUGGUUUUUGAGCAAAUACUCAUCGAAUUGUUUGCUUUGUUCCAUCACGCAAAUCUCGAUGCAAUCUACGCUUCGAUUCUCAUCAGCAUCCAACAAAAAUUAAUUACAACAAACGACAGUACAACAUUAGAACAAAUACUCAAUAAUGAAUCUGUUCGUCAACAAUUCCAUGCGUUGCUCUACGCAUGUUUAGCUAUGAAUAAUAAUGAAAGUUCAUUAGUUGUUAGUCUUUGGAAUAUUUAUGGUCGAAUUUUAUGA